GGGUGGUGGGGGAGAGCUCAGCCAGCCCUGCAGGGCGCGCAGUCCAACACCGGGUUCGUCCGAGCUUAAGCCUUGCAGCAGAACUUCCUUCUCGCUCCUCUGGCUUUGAUCCUCACUGAACACCAGACCAGAAGCCCUGAAGGGAGGGAGGAUGAGAGAUGACCGGCCCUUUGGCAACCUGACCAUCUUCUUAGCAGAGCCUUGGAAAGCAAGCCACGGGCUGACUGCACGCCCAAAGAAGCACCGAGUCUCUCCUGGAAGUGUGUGUGUGUGUGUGUGUGUGUGUGUGUGUAUGAGGGGGUGUGAGUGAGUGACGGUGUGUGUGCAUUGUGACUGUGUGUGCAUGUCCAGAUGAGUGUGCGAGUGCACGCGUGAGUGAGUGUGUAUGUGAGUGAGUGUUCUUGGUUAUUGUUUUUUGGAAGAAAAACCUUGAAAAUCUGGGGCAGGUUACUGUGCUCCUAGAGUGGUGGUUCUUUUGCAAGAGGAGCUGACCAGACCGAGCUACUGGAGACAUUUUUCAGCAAGUAAAGAACAUUUUCUUUCCAGAAGGAGAGAGAUUUCUCCCUUGGCUCUGCAGCAAGUAAAAGAGAUUAGCCCCUAAACCUGUGAAAUCGACCAGAGCCGUGUGAUUACCAGGGCUUGAGAGAGAAUACAGGAAGAAAAGGAGAAAUAAAUUAGCUUGUCAGUGCCUUUGGCCACGUUGGAAGAUGUCAUCUCAAACUAAGUUCAAGAAAGACAAAGAGAUCAUUGCCGAUUAUGAAGCCCAAAUAAAAGAGAUCCGCACGCAGCUGGUGGAGCAGUUCAAAUGCUUGGAGCAGCAAUCAGAGUCUCGGCUGCAGCUGCUACAGGACCUCCAGGAGUUUUUCCGCCGGAAAGCUGAGAUAGAGCUUGAGUAUUCUCGAAGCCUGGAGAAGCUGGCCGAGCGGUUCUCCUCCAAGAUCCGCAGCUCCCGGGAGCACCAGUUCAAGAAGGACCAGUACCUCCUCUCGCCGGUGAACUGCUGGUAUCUGGUUCUGCAUCAGACCAGGCGGGAGAGCCGAGACCAUGCCACCCUUAAUGACAUCUUCAUGAAUAAUGUCAUCGUCCGCCUUUCACAGAUCAGUGAGGAUGUCAUCAGACUCUUCAAAAAGAGCAAGGAGAUUGGCCUGCAGAUGCACGAAGAGCUCCUGAAGGUCACCAAUGAGCUCUACACAGUCAUGAAAACCUACCACAUGUACCACGCGGAGAGCAUCAGUGCAGAGAGCAAGCUGAAGGAGGCUGAGAAGCAGGAGGAGAAGCAGUUCAACAAGGCUGGAGAGCUCAGCAUGAACCUGCUCCGCCAUGAGGACCGGCCCCAGCGCCGCAGCUCUGUGAAGAAGAUUGAGAAGAUGAAGGAGAAGAGGCAGGCGAAGUACUCUGAGAACAAGCUGAAGUGCACGAAGGCCCGAAAUGACUACUUGCUGAAUCUGGCUGCCACCAACGCAGCUAUAAGCAAAUACUACAUCCAUGAUGUCUCCGACCUAAUCGACUGCUGUGAUUUGGGCUUUCAUGCCAGCCUGGCCCGCACCUUCCGGACCUACCUCUCCGCUGAGUACAACCUGGAGACCUCUCGCCACGAGGGGCUGGAUGUCAUUGAGAACGCGGUGGACAACCUGGAUUCCCGAAGUGAUAAGCACACUGUCAUGGACAUGUACAACCAGGUCUUCUGUCCUCCACUCAAGUUUGAGUUCCAGCCCCACAUGGGGGAUGAGGUGUGCCAAGUCAGUGCUCAGCAGCCUGUCCAGACAGAAUUACUCAUGCGGUACCACCAGCUGCAGUCCAGACUGGCCACUCUCAAGAUAGAGAAUGAGGAGGUGAGAAAAACCCUGGAUGCCACCAUGCAGACUUUACAGGACAUGCUGACUGUGGAGGACUUUGAUGUCUCCGACGCCUUCCAACAUAGUCGGUCCACAGAGUCUGUGAAGUCGGCUGCCUCUGAGACCUACAUGAGCAAGAUCAACAUUGCCAAGAGGAGAGCCAACCAGCAGGAAACAGAAAUGUUUUAUUUUACGAAAUUUAAAGAAUAUGUGAACGGCAGUAACCUCAUCACUAAGCUGCAAGCCAAGCACGACUUACUCAAGCAGACCCUGGGUGAAGGGGAGAGAGCAGAAUGUGGCACAACCAGAGGAAGAAGAAAUGCUCGAACCAGGAACCAGGAUUCGGGACAAGCUAUACCACUUGUAGUUGAGAGCUGCAUCCGAUACAUCAAUUUAUACGGACUCCAGCAGCAAGGGAUCUUCAGAGUGCCGGGAUCUCAGGUCGAGGUUAAUGACAUCAAAAAUUCCUUUGAGAGAGGUGAGGACCCUCUUGUGGAUGAUCAAAAUGAACGAGAUAUCAAUUCAGUCGCUGGUGUUUUAAAACUGUAUUUCCGAGGACUGGAAAACCCACUCUUUCCUAAGGAAAGGUUUCAAGAUUUGAUAUCUACAAUUAAACUGGAGAGCCCAGCUGAGAGGGUGCACCAGAUCCAACAAAUCCUCAUCACCCUUCCCCGCGUGGUCAUCGUGGUCAUGAGAUAUCUCUUCGCUUUCCUCAACCACCUCUCGCAGUAUAGUGAUGAGAACAUGAUGGAUCCCUACAACCUGGCCAUCUGCUUCGGGCCCACCCUCAUGCACAUUCCUGAUGGGCAGGACCCUGUGUCCUGCCAGGCACACGUCAAUGAAGUCAUCAAAACCAUCAUCAUCCAUCAUGAAGCCAUCUUCCCCAGCCCCCGGGAGCUAGAGGGACCCGUGUAUGAAAAAUGCAUGGCUGGAGGGGAAGAAUAUUGUGACAGCCCACACAGUGAGCCAGGGACCAUUGAUGAAGUUGACCACGACAAUGGCACUGAACCUCACACCAGUGAUGAAGAAGUGGAACAAAUUGAGGCCAUCGCCAAGUUUGACUAUGUGGGGCGGUCCCCGCGUGAGCUGUCCUUCAAGAAGGGGGCCUCGCUGCUCUUGUACCACCGCGCCUCAGAGGACUGGUGGGAGGGGCGUCACAACGGCGUGGAUGGACUCAUCCCACAUCAGUACAUAGUCGUACAGGACAUGGAUGACGCCUUCUCCGACAGCCUGAGCCAAAAGGCGGACAGCGAGGCCAGCAGUGGGCCGCUGCUGGAUGACAAGGCCUCCUCCAAAAACGACCUCCAGUCCCCCACGGAGCACAUCUCGGAUUACGGCUUUGGGGGGGUGAUGGGCCGAGUGCGGUUACGAUCUGAUGGAGCAGCUAUCCCCAGGCGCCGAAGUGGGGGCGACACGCACAGCCCGCCCCGGGGCCUGGGCCCCAGCAUAGACACGCCGCCCCGGGCCGCCGCCUGCCCCAGCAGCCCUCACAAAAUCCCCCUCACGCGGGGCAGGAUCGAAAGCCCAGAGAAGCGAAGGAUGGCGACGUUCGGGAGCGCCGGGAGCAUCAACUACCCUGACAAGAAGGCGCUCUCCGAAGGGCACUCGAGGUCGACGUGCGGCUCCACCAGGCACAGCAGUCUGGGGGACCACAAGUCCCUGGAGGCCGAGGCCUUGGCAGAAGACAUCGAGAAGACCAUGAGCACGGCUCUGCACGAGCUGCGGGAACUCGAAAGGCAGAACACGGUCAAGCAGGCGCCAGAUGUGGUGCUGGACACCCUGGAGCCCCUGAAGAACCCGCCGGGCCCCAUCAGUUCAGAGCCCGCCAGCCCCCUGCACACCAUCGUCAUCCGCGACCCCGACGCUGCCAUGCGCCGCAGCAGCAGCUCCUCCACUGAGAUGAUGACCACCUUCAAGCCAGCCCUGUCCGCCCGUCUGGCUGGCGCCCAGCUGCGCCCGCCCCCCAUGCGGCCUGUGCGGCCGGUGGUCCAGCAUCGGUCCAGCAGCAGCAGUAGCUCGGGUGUGGGCAGCCCGGCUGUGACGCCCACCGAGAAGAUGUUCCCCAACAGCUCAGCGGACAAAUCAGGCACCAUGUGACCAACAGGUUGGGGUGGCACUGCCCUGGCUCACGGUGGCGCACUACGGCCAAGGGUGGCCUCUGUGACUUCCGCGUCCUUCCCAGUGCUCCUGGCCUUCUCCAGCAGAGACCAGAAUGUAGGCCUGAAAGAACGUCUAUGCAGAGCUGCGGCCCUGGCGCCAGCCACAGCUGGCGUCCAGCCCUCAGGGGGGUAAACAGAGGCCCAGAGGAGAGCGAGAGUGGGAGCAGGAGCGGUCCCAACAGAGCGUUUCCUAAGAUUAUGGCAAAAUGUUAAAUGGCUUUGCCUGCAUAUCAUCACUGGAAAACUAUUCUCUCGACAUUCUCUCUACAUACAUAAAUAUGUGUGUGUGUAUAUAUGCGUGUGUACAUAUAUACACAUAUAUGUAUGUAUGUGUCUGUAGGUGUGUGUAUAUAUAUAUAUUUAUGCAUCUAUAUACAUAUAGUAGAUCUGGACACUCAUACUAAAUGUAUAUAGAAUCUCCUUUUUCUUUUUAUGAAACUUAGAUUUACCUCAGACCCAUGCCACCAAACAUCUCCCGCUGCGAUUUGGUGGGAUUUGCAGGGACUUUUCUGGGAGAAUCUCGAGGCCCACAGCAGCUGUGAAUGAAGCAAUAUUACCACUAACCUGCAGAAAAACAAAACCAGGCUCCCACUGUCUCUAGAAGUCGUGGCCUUCCAAAACAGUCUGCCCCUAAAUAAAGGGUGGGGCAGGCAGCGCCCCAAACAGGCUGCUCCUCGAGGUGGGGAACCCUGCACAGAACCCCCGUCCAGCCCAGAGACCCUGCCUUUCCACCUGAAGGCCAAGGGCCAACUACACCCCGAAGGCAUGGGAGGACGUUGGUGAGAAGCCCCCUGACCACAGCAUCCUGGUGUGUGUGUGUAUGAGAAGAGGGGACAGUGAGAGCCCACGCCCCGCCAUAGCACAGUGUUAUGUGUGGUUGGGAAAAAGGGAAAAAAUAAAACUGCAGUGGUACGGAACACCUCAAACCUAGAAAUGCUGUGGGGAUAAUUCUGGUAACUAUAGAGGUUUAACUUAUACAAUUUUCAAAAUAUUUAAUUUCUUCUUUUCCUCUUUCUACUAAGUAUACUGUGUUGGAUUUAGAACUAAACAGGCAAAGAGGCUUUGAAUCCCAUCGUCCUAAUUGAAAAUCAGGCCGUGACGCACUUUGGCUAGCACCCUCUUGCACGAAGUGCAUGAACCACAAGUGCCCAGCUCAGACCAGGGCCGAGGAGGGGCGAUCCUUGGCACUCUCUGUCCUAGACUAUGCUUCAGUUGAGUGGAUGCAAGUGAAAUAGCUUCCCUCUCCCUCCCCUUCCCUUUCCUUUCCACCCCCUGCAUCCUCCAAAGCAUUUAACAUCAUUGAAAGUAGGGUGAAAGAAUUGUGUGUGAUCGUCAAGUAUUAUCAGCAAGGCUUUCAACUCUUGGCUGGAAAAAGGCCUAUGGAUCAGCCUCAUUUGAUUCUGUUUGACUUCCUUUUUGGAUCUCUUGGUUUUCCAGCAAUGGCUGUUUCUGAAUAAUGGAACACAGGUGAACCAUAUUCUAAUGGGACCACUUCUAGUCUCAGCCUGCACGCAAAGCCAAGAGUUUCCUCCCUGUUGUUCUCAAGCUCAUCUCUCUCUUUCUCAAGGCCUUUGAAUGUGUCCAUGGCUUUGGUUUAGUCAGAAGUCCCGUGUUUGAGUCCCAGCCCCUACCGCUUGGGAUCUGCGGGACUCUGGGCAUGUCUCUGAACCUCCCUGAGCCCCAGUUUCCUGCUCCAUAAAAAUGAAGAUAGUAAAGAUAACAUGUAAGUGAGUAAGCUGUUUAAAGUAGAAAGCACUGUGCCAACAUGAUUAUUCUUUUUUUUUUUUUUUUUGUCAUUAGUAAGGUAAGCCUUUUAGCUGAAAAACCAUCCAAGACCUUACUCUUGAAACCUCCUAAUGGCAUUUGAGAAGGAGACAGAAUUUCCCUACCAGCUUCAUAAGACCCCCAAAGCAGGGCCCUGCAGAUAUAUCACCUCUUGAUGCUUGAAAUUCCAUCAUUACCAUUCCACCCCAUUGGCUGAAUUUUGCCUUUUCCUCUGGUCCUCUAUAAAAAGGUGACUCCACCCCAGAGGGUAGGACCUGUUUAGUCACAGUACCAAGGUGUGUGGGAGUAGUCAGCUGUUCUGCCUCACCUGAGGACUGACAUUGAGAGCACCCAGUAGAAGGAUGAAUCAAGAAAGGGCACAAAAAAGAGAAUGUCGGAGAGGCCAAUGACAAACUUGACCUUCCUCAUUUCACCUAGAACCAACCAUUCUCUUUUAGCUCAUGGACGUGAAAGCACCUCAGAACCAGCUAAGAGUUCUCUGCCUUUGUGGGCAGUGUGGAGAUACCCCCAUUUUACUGCUUAGGGAAGAAAGCAAGGCCUUGCGAUAUGCUGUGACUUGCCUAAGAUUUAACAAAUGUCUAAGAGUGGGGGCUGGUCAGGCUCAUCAAGUCACUUAUUUGCAAAGAUGCCAGGCUGCCCAGCAGGGUACAAGACGUCCCACUGCUGCCCCCAGAUACUCCAGGCCUUAAAGGUAGUGGGCUCCUGGGCAAAGUGUCACGUUCUCUGCCGUGACUGCCAGAUGAAAGAGAAAAUCUGAGUAGACAGAUCUGUUGCCUGAUACACAUAACACCAGUCAGACCAUGUGGCUUUUCCUCUGAAUGGACUAACUUCAUUUUUCUUUCCUGAAAACAGGCCUGCCUUUUACCGAAUUACCUGAAGGCAGAGCUGUAGCUGUUUUCUUUAAGCACCUGUUUUUCCUUUGGGAAAAGGCUGAUGAGUUUACAUUUAGAGAAGCUCACACCUCACUCAUCCAGCCCCAAAUCUGAGCCUUGAUGCAGAACCAAAUGGAAAAAUACUUUCCUGACCACCCCCCCCCACCCCCACUUCCUCACCCAGCACUCUGCAUGUCUCCGUCCCUCCACAGGCGCCAGGCCCGCCCUCGGGCGCUGGGCAUCAGCUCUCUUCCUGACUCCUGCCUGUGUUAGUCCACUAGAUAUUGCUGUAUUUGCUUAAAUGCUGGGAAGUAACUGUUAAAAUGUGAAAUUGUAAUAUUUAAAAGGUGACAAUUAAAUUAUAGCCAAUGCCACUCACCAAAUCUUUGCACCUAGUAGAUAGUUCAAUGUAAACAAAUACCAGAAACCUAACUGUACAGUGAGUGUGGGGGAAAUGUAGUAACCUAGUUAGUAGUCCUCAAUAUAACCAAUUGUACAAGGGGAAGUGGUGUUUACCUACUUGUUCAUCACCAUUGCUGGAAGCUGUACUGAUCAGUUUGUUGAUAACGGGCUUUUUUUUUUUUUUUUUUUGGCUUCACAGAAUUUCUUUUCUUAACCUUCAACUUACCCUGAAGUCAAGCCUUUUGUCUUUAUGUGUAACCGAUGUUCAGUCUAUUCUAGGAAUGAACCAGCAAGAUGUUCAUUUAAAACUGACCAAAGACAAUUCCUUCCUGGUCGAGUUUCCCGGGCCUCGGGGCCCAGCCGCCACUAAAGACCUUCCUCGGAUCAAAUUGAGAACAAGCCGUGCUUCCGAUGCCACUCUCCUUCUCUCCCUUUAUUUCCCUGUCCUCUUAAAGAGCUGCUCUGAGCUGUGGGAUUCUAUGAAAAAUACUUGCCUUUCCUUGUUUUCAGUGCUAACGAUUUCUCACCUUGAAGCGCCUUUGAACCUGGACAGAGCGCACAAUGGGAGGGACUCAUAUGCUUGGGCAUUAGUCUUGGGAGUCUGACCUCUGAGGUCACCAGGCCAAUGGGCAAGAGAGAAGUGGAUUCCCAAGGGAUAUUGGUGUCUGUCACGUGACGAAAUCCGAGUGAGAAGAGACACAGGGAAAUGGAGCCAUCCUCUGGCCACCAGCUGGAACCAGCAGUUCAGAGAUCUGCCUUAUAAACCCUUCAGAACUGGUUUGUGGUACAGAGGGGGCCACUGUGGGGAAGGGCCUCGACAUGGGCUGGCUUCUCUGUCAGAGGCCCUUGGAGUGCCUUGUCGCUUAUAUUUCCUUCUUGUUCAGGAGGCACAGGCGCAGAAGGUUUCCUGUGACCUGGUCGUUACUUGGCACUCGGUGCCCACACGGCUGAUGGAAAACCACAAAGACUAAUGCACUGGUUCUUCCUCUCAGUCUUUCUAUUCCUAACUUUUCACACAUCCAGAUGGUUCCACACUAGAGCAAAUGCCUCAUUCUCCUGAGAAACCCAGAAAGAAGAAUGGCCGGCUCACAACCACGAGGGGGGGCCCUGUUUGGCUUCAGGAUGGCGGGGAGGAGAAGGCAGGAAGGGGCGAGCCGAGGUGUUGCUUAGCUGAUUUUCUGCUAUGCAGAGCUAAUGCUGACGUUUCAUGUCAACUUCCCCGGUUCUCUGGGGUCUCCUCUCUCCUGAGCAGCCAUGUAGAGAAUUCCCCACAUACCCAAAGCUGCCUAGGGGAGCUGAGAGAAGGGACUUGGCUAUCAGGUCUGAGUGCCCCUGGCCUCUCUGAGGUUGAUCUGCCAGUGUCCCGCUGUCCCGCUGUCCCGCCCUCUGGGACCGGCGGAAUGGCCAACACUGCCCCUUGCUGACACCUCCUUUCUGUGUGAACUGUCCCAAGCAACUAACAAAGCUGUUUCUGGAACCGGAACAACCAGAGCGCACUUCGCCUUCCUUAGAUGGAAGAUUCUGCUAGAGUUCCUGCUCAGGCUCUAGUUCCCGGCAGUGUGACUGUUUACACGGUUUGGCAAUAGGUUUGGUUCUGAUUGCUUCAGAGUGGCUGGUCUAUUUUGUUUCCUUUGGUUUCCUUCCUUCCCAAACUGUGUCAGGAAAAAAACAAAACAAACAAAAAAAUGAAACCACCCUUGGAAAUUGCUGGUUGCCUGUCCCCACGUGGUGCGAAGUGCUGCCCUCUCCUGGAUGUCGUUUCUCCACCUUACUACCAAACGCCCGUCCCGUGGAGUGUCUGACUGGAUCCUCUGUUGCAUAUUCUGAUGGUGCCUGCUGGUUUGAUGUGGAGCUAUCCUGUGAAAUAAAACAGCUUAACUUUUCUCA